UACUUAUUUCAAGUACAUGACAGUAUGAGGGAAAACUGGGAAUACAUUUCUCGUUCAUUCAUGCCAUUUACAUUUAUAAGUAUAAUAUGUUUAUAAUGUGUGUAAAAUUAUAAUAAUAUCAAAUGUUGGGAAUUAUUUUACACACUUGGAAAAUUACCUUGCAUUGUUUUAAUUAACCUUUCAGAAAAUAAUCAUGAACUCUUCUAGCAUUCUCUGUACCAAAGCUCCAAACAGUACAAUGAGAGGAGAAGCUGAAAAUCUGAAGAAACACUUUUCUGUUGAAAUUUUCUCUUUGUAGCUCUCUCUCAUGAAUGUUGCUUUCACUUUAAUGCAAAUCAGUCUGCUGUGGAAACUAUCCAGAGUUCUGGGGCCCUAGAUGCCCCAGUGUUCCACUCUUGGUUCUGGCCCCUGUUGCCACACCACUGAGCUCCUGCUGGUGCCCAGGACCUGGGCAGUGACAGGUACCCCGGCUAUGCAAGGAAGAGUAUGAAGAACUGCUUCGUUACGCUGUAGUGACUCCAAAUACUGAAGCAGGUGCUUCACAGCUGUCUCAUUCAAAGGGAGAAGCAGUGCCAGAUGUUAAAAUUCCUACUAUAAUUGAUGAUAUUCUUCAAAAUCCAGGAAAUAGCCCUGCAGUGAGAAAAACAAGGAUGGAAGUUGGAAAAGGAUGUGAUUUAAAUACUUCAGUUCAUACAAAGACAGAUGGGUCAUCACCAGCAUCCCCAAGGAAGCCGCCUCACCCAGUCAUGGAUUUUUUCAGUUCAAAUCUUUUAGUUGACUCUUCCUCACCAGGGUCUAAUUCCAGUCCUAUCGAUGCCCAUGAAAUAAUUGUGACUGAUUUUGUUGUUUCUGAUGAAAACCUUCAAAAGAUGGAAAAUGUGCUUGAUCUCUGGAGUUCAGGUCUUAAGACAAACAUCAUAUCUGAACUAAGUAAAUGGAGACUGAAUUUUAUUGACUGGCACCGAAUGGAAAUGAAAAAAGAGAGAGAGAAACAUGCAGCAGAUUUAAAACAACUGUGCAGCCAGAUCAACAGCUUGAAGGAGCUGCAGAAAACCUAUGAAGUCUCCAUUGGGAGAAAAGAUGAGGUGAUUUCUAGCUUGUCUCAUGCCAUAGGCAAGCAAAAGGAAAGGAUAGAGUUGAUGAGAACAUUCUUCCACUGGCGAAUCAACCACGUCAAAUCAAGGCAGGAUGUUUAUGAAAGUAAACUAGCUGACCAGUAUUUUCGGCGAACUUUACUGAAGAAAGCCUGGAGAGGCUGGCGGGCCGUAGUACAGAAGCAGUGGAAGGAGGUGGUGGAACGAGCUUGUCAAGCCAGAGCUGAGGAAGUCUGUGUCCAGAUUUCCAAUGACUAUGAAGCCAGAGUUGCUCUGUUAUCUGGAGCUUUGGAAAAUGCAAAAGCCGAGAUCCAAAGGAUGCAGCAUGAAAAAGAGCACUUUGAAGAUUCCAUGAAGAAAGCUUUCAUGAGGGGUGUGUGUGCGUUAAAUCUUGAGGCCAUGACUAUAUUUCAGAACAGAGGUGAUACAGAUUUCACGACCAGUAAAAGGGAAGAGUACGGUCCUGGUGUUCAGGGAAAAGAGCCUCCUUCUGCUCACGUGGACGCUGCCACCCCUGCGGCGCCCUCGGCGGGCGCCGUGCCGCCAUCCCCGCCAGCAGCGGCCCUCGGAGCCACCUGCGCGGCCGCGUUUCCCUCGGCGGCUUCCGUCGCCUCCGCCGGCGCCACUUCCGCUUCCUCAGUCCACCUCCCCGUGUCUGCUCCGCAUAGCGCUGGGCUGAUGGCUGCUGCUUCUGCACAGGAGGAGACGUAUGGGCCCAGGGCUGUGACAUCAGCGCAACAGAAAGCUGGGAGAACAAUCACGGCCCGGAUCACAGGGAGAUGUGAUUUUGCUUCAAAAAACAGAAUCAGUAGCAGUUUGGCUAUAAUGGGAGUUUCUCCUCCCAUGAGCUCCGUUGUUGUGGAAAAACAUCAUCCGGUCACAGUGCAAACCAUUCCUCAAGCUGCUGCAGCAAAAUACCCGCGGACCAUUCACCCUGAAGGCAGCGCCUCAGCUCCCAGGUCUCUUGGAACCAGAACAGCUCACACCCAGUCUCUCACAAGCAUUCCGUCCAUAAAAGUGGUUGACUGAAAUGAAUAUGUUCACAUAGAGGUCUUCUAAUUCUUCUGGCUUUACCAAGAAUUAGAAGUCUUUCGUUUUUAAAAUUUCAUAUCCUUAGAACAUUAUGGAUAUAUCAUGUUCAUUUUUUCAAAGUUACAAGAGACUUUUCCAAGCUGUACCAUCCUUUGUAACUAUAUGUAGAAUUACUUUAAUGUUAUUUUUUAUUUAAGCAAUUAAGUAAAACUUUUUUAAAUUAAAAAA